CUCCCUCUACACCCUGAAACGAAGCUCCUAAGAUCUAAGCCACUGGAAAACGCCAUUAAUGAAAAUACUUCAAAGAGGACAUUGGAUGCUACAAAGAUUAUUGCGAAACAAAGACCAUUAAAACAGUCACGGGAUAAAUGUUGGAUCCCAUUACAUUAUUGGGUUCAUUUCAUUUUCACCUUUACUCUUCUUCUGUCCUCAGCCAAAAAUCAGUCACUAUUUCUCAAACCCUAGAAUUUCCCUAAACCAUCUUCUCUGUAAAUCUUUCCAACUUCAAGUAAAAGAGGGUUUUGAAUCUGAUGGGGAAUUUCGAUCUUCUACCCAGAGAGAUUACGUUGGAUAUUAUCAGUCGAGUACCUACCGAAUCGGUUCUCGAAUGCAAAGUAGUAUCAAAAACUUGGAGAGAUCUUGUUCGUCAUCCAUCAUUCUCUAAGAUGCACUUACAUCAUAGCUUAAUCACCAUGAUUCUGGUAAGUUGGGCUUCAUUGGUUUAACUUUUCACGAGAAGAGAGAAUCAUGAAUCCAUAAUAUCCAUUGAGAGGUUUGGAAGGUUUAACAUCAGCCCUCCGUUUGGGGGAGGAUACUACCUUGCUUGGAUCGUGUAAUGGAUUGAUCUGUCUUUAUCAAAUCAGAUAUCUCUUACCAGGAAAAACUUACAUUUGUAACCCCAUAACCAGAGAGUGUGUUAUGCUUCCAGAAACUAACAGAGUUGGAAUGGAUGCUGAGACAAGCGGAUUUGGUUACGUUUCUUCAACUAAUGAGUAUAAAGUUGUAAGAGUAAUGUUUAGUAACGAUACCGAGUUUGUGGAAGUUUACAUAUACACUCUAGGGAGUGGAAAUGGGUGGAGAAACGUUGGAAAGUUCAAUUUUGGAGCAUAUUUGGAAGAAGGUAUCUUUGUCGAUGGAGUUCUUUAUUGGCUGGACUAUGAAUCAGAAACGAUCGCUCCCUUCGAUUUAGCUGAGGAAAAGUUUUUUGAACCUCUGUCAUUUCCUGUACCACCAGAGGACAAUGCUUCAGCUGAUUAUAAACUACGGGGUUUGGAUGGGUGUUUGGUUUGUGCUAUGAAUUUGCCUGUCAAUGGAGCUGAUUGCUGGAACACGUGGAUAUUGAAAAAGAAGGUUGAUAAUCAACCAUUGGGUUGGAGUAAACAUAUCAAAAAUCAAGAGUUAGAAGCUUCAACCUCGAAAAUAUUUGUAGAUCUUGAAGAACGUUUUAUUAGAGUAUUUCCUCACAAGAACACCUUUGUUUCGUUGAAAGAAUUAGGGGAAGAAGAUACGAAGAUGAUGGAGUCAGUUGAAAUUGAGGAGACAGAAAGCCUUGCUCAGCCUUUCAACCAGCUUACCCUGGAUUCCUACUUAUAAACGGGUAAUCUUCGUUGCGAUUCAUUUCGAAAUUAGGUACCAAAGUAACCUUUGUGUGAACCUAAAUGAUAAUCACA